UAGGAUCAUUUGUAAAGUAGUUCAGAAUGACCAAGACAGCAACUGGACCAGAGCGGAGAAAUUAGUUCAGCCUCGAGGAAGUGUGAGUGAGUGUCGGUGAAGACAAAGCAUCAUGGAGGAACUUGCUCGGGAGAGCAUCAGCCUGCUGGCUCGGUCUGCAUCCCAUUCAGAUCCCCCGCGGUUGGGAUCCUUCGGUGCUGUGUUCAUUAUGCUGAAGUCUGCGCUUGGUGCCGGACUGCUAAACUUCCCCUGGGCCUUCCAGAAAGCCGGGGGAGUGACUACUGCUGUUAGCGUGGAGCUGGUAUCUCUGGUGUUCCUCAUCAGCGGACUGGUCAUCCUUGGCUACGCCUCAUCUGUCAGCAGACAAAAGACGUAUCAGGAUGUGGUCCGAGAAGUGUGUGGACGAGCCAUUGGCCAACUGUGUGAGGUCUGUUUCUGCUUCAACCUCUUCAUGAUAUGCGUGGCCUUUCUGGUAGUGGUGCAAGACCAGCUGGAGAAAUUGUGUAUUUCUUUGUAUGAGACUGUGACGGGUUCAGGUGAAGGGGAAGUGCCGUAUCACUGGUACACUGACCAGCGCUUUGCACUCUUCGUCAUGUGUCUCAUCAUCAUCCUUCCACUGUCAAUCCCCAAAGAAAUUGGCAUUCAGAAAUACACAAGUGUGCUGGGGACAUUGGCUGCGACUUAUCUGUGUGUGGCCGUGAUUGUCAAAUACUACCUGAUGGACAGCCACAUGGCCAUCCUAACGCCACAGCACCCCCAAGGCUUGGGCUCGUGGGCAUCCAUGUUCAGUGUUGUGCCGACCAUCUGCUUUGGUUUCCAGUGUCAUGAGGCCUGUAUAGCAAUCUACAGCAGCAUGGAGAACCAGAAGCUUACGCACUGGGUGGUCAUCUCCGUCAUCUCAAUGCUCUUCUGUUUGCUCAUCUACACUCUCACCGGAGUGUAUGGCUUCAUGACAUUUGGUCGAGAAGUUGCUUCCGAUAUCUUGAUGUCAUUUCCAGGAAAUGAUGUUGUCAUGAUCAUUUCCAGACUGCUUUUUGGAAUAUCAAUUAUUACUAUUUAUCCAAUUAUUCUUCUUCUCGGGAGAUCCGUCAUCCUGAACCUGAUGGUGCGAAUCCAAAGGCGUCGUCGAGGAAUCGUCACAAGCUCCUUUGAGAGUCGCUGCAGGGCACUUCUCACUGUGAUCUGGAUUACCAUUACUCUUCUCAUUGCCAUGUUUGUCCCUGACAUGGGCGAGGUCAUCAGUGUCAUUGGAGGAAUCAGUGCCUUCUUCAUCUUUAUCUUUCCCGGUCUUUGCUUAGUGUUCAUCAUGCAAAAUGAACCCGUGAGCCCGAGAGUACGAGUCGUUUUAACAGUUUGGGGAAUCAUAACCAUUGUUGUUGGAGCCUUCAUCUUUGGACAGAGUACGACUAUUGCUGUCAUGGAGCUUCUUGAUAAAUUCUGAUUGUCUUAUCGAUCGUCAUCAUCAAUAUAAUCAUCUUGGUGCUCCACUGUGACUCCUGGGCGUUUGAGAAUGUGAACUUACAUUUUUGGGGGGUUUCUCUUUUUUUUUUUAAACGUGUGUUUGAUUCUCAUCCAGGUCGUUCAUGGCCUUGAUUUUUAAUUUUUAUUAUUAUUAUUUUGUGUGAGUGUUAUUGCUUUGUGAUGUAAUUUAAACAGGCCCAAGUCAAACAAUAUCAAAUAAAUCAUUUGUUCGAUGUGAUUGCUUAUAUAAUCACAUCAUACAGUCUGAAAGUAAUGAUGAAAGGUUUAUUCUGUGUGAAAAUACGCCUCUCUUCUAAUGUGCACAGCAAAAUGGGUUUAUCUCACAGCUGACAGGGGGUAGUAGUGCAUCUUUUAUAAAUUAUAUUUUUAUUGAAGGACGUAACGGUCUGUCAUUCAUUUGUUGAAGUGAAAAUUGCAAUUUUGCAACUGAAAUUUAUUCAUGGCACGUAUGACCGUUUUUACAUCAUCUCCAAGUCUUCAUGCAAUUAGAAUGUUCACCUCUCUCUACUAGUGAAUUGCCAUUCUUCCUCUAGUGGGCAAAUUACAUAUUUUUCUGUGCCUUGGUGCUGAAUCAUCCAGAGGUUGUUUUUAGUCUAUAACUGUCCCCUUUCAAGACUGAUGGCUGAGGUAUGGUGAACAGAAUUCCUCAAGUGAAUUUAAAUGUGCCUGGAUGCCUCUGUGUAUGAGCAUUAACUGAGCACAUGGCAAAGAAAGACAAAAGAUCUCUCCCUCUGGGUGCAUGUACUAUGGAUAAUGAAUGUAAUUAAACUAUAAAC